AUGAGUCAACCUGGUUGGGCCGUCCCGGACCCCUACAUGAAUCAUCCACCACAGUAUCAACCUCAGCCAAUGUAUCCACCACAGCCACCUCAACAAAUGCAGUAUCCGCCUCAACAGAUGUACGCACCACCACCGCCAGUUUAUACACAACAACCUGUCGUCGUUCACACGACUGAAUAUGUUCAACAUGCGCCUCCACCCGCACAACAGAACAGCGACUUCGAUUGUUGCAAAAUUUGCUUCUACUCGUGCCUGGCGUACUGCUGUUGCAAAAUGUGUUGUGAUUGCGAUUAA